CCUCUUAGUGGCUUAACCGUCGGCAAUGAAGCUUCGACAUCAACCAAGGGCCGAGAAGUUUCUUCGUGUAACAUGCGUUUGGCCCCAACACUCUGGACUGUUACAGACACCAUCACUAUACAACACAUGCGUUAACAAACUAAUCGUGCUUCUGUGUCAGAGACGCGGUGGUGGUAAGAAAAUGACGGCGGCCGGAGUAGCAUCGGAGAAGACGAAGAAGCUAUUGAAGUUCAGUCUUUCUCUCUUCCGUCGCGGCUUUAACUCCUCCAAAUGCAAAACGGCGGCGAAGAUGGCUGUAGCUCGAAUAAAGCUUCUGAGGAACAAGAGACAAGUUGUGGUGAAGCAAAUGAGACGUGACAUUGCCCUUCUUCUUCAGUCCGGUCAAGAUGCCACUGCUCGUAUCAGAGUUGAGCAUGUGAUUAGGGAACAGAACAUUCUUGCAGCAAACGAGAUCAUAGAGCUUUUCUGUGAACUCAUUGUUUCAAGACUCACUAUCAUCACCAAACACAAGGAAUGCCCUGUGGAUCUCAAGGAAGGCAUAGCUAGUUUGAUUUUCGCUGCGCCUAGAUGCUCAGAGAUUCCGGAGCUUGGAGAUCUGAAAGACAUCUUUGAGAAGAAGUACGGUAGAGAUUUUGUUUCUGCUGCUACUGAGUUGCGUCCUACCUGUGGGGUUAACCGGAUGUUGGUUGAUAGGCUUUCGGUUAUGCGCCCCUAUGGAGAAGUCAAACUGAAAGUCAUGAAGGAGAUUGCAAAGGAGUUCCAGGUUGAUUGGGAUACUAAAGAGACAGAACAAGAACUUCUCAAACCUCAACAAGAAACCAUUAUUGAUGGGCCACGUGCGUUUGUUUGCGCCUCAAGCUUACCUGUAAAACGUGAUUCUGAUGAUGAAUCCAUUGAUCCUCCUACCAAAGCAGUGCCGAGAUGCACGAGUACGACCACGCGUUAUCAUGACACCGAGUCAGCGGCUGAAGCAGCAGCUGUAUUAGCCAAGCAAGCGGUUGAAGCAGCACAAGCAGCAGCAGCCUUGUUAGCUAACAAGGAUCAUCCAGGAGGUUCAACAAGACAAUCCAGAGAUUCUGAAACAAGCUCCUACUACUACGCAGAGAACAGAGGAAUCUGCAGAAGACAUAGCUGCAACAAUCCGUGUGUAAAUGAAUCUGAUCACAGUGAAGAAGCAGCUAGGAGGAGACAGAGCUAUAACAACUCUCCACCACUCCCUCCUCAUCAUCCUAGAACUUCUGAGAUCCAGUUUGAUGAGUCAGACUACGAGGAAGAGACAGAGACAGAAGACGGACCAUUACAGAGUCGUGCUUCUUCCCUCCCACCAAGCCGAGCACCACCUCAGGCUCCUCAGUGUGAUGAGUCGAGACGGGACUCAAGCGUUCACCCAAAACUGCCUGACUAUGAUAAUUUGGCAGCACGUUUUGACGCAAUCAGACACAGUAAAGGGCCACUGAUCUGAAGCUGGAAACUUCAUUUAUAUAUAGAAAGAAAAUCACGUUUUAGAUUUAUGCAAUUAUUGUGUUUAUUACAUUGGGUUUAGUCAUUUUGUAUGAAGAAGAAAGGAUCAUUAUGUUUUUGUACUUAAAAAUCACUGUGGAGACUGGAGAGUCAUGCAUUGCUCACCGGUUUCUGUAAUAAAUUUAGCAUUAAGGAAAGUUGAGAACGAGAGGACA